AUUUGUCAUAUGAGAGGCAUAUUUAUAUAAAUAUAGCAGAGAAGAAUUUUAUUCACUUAUUACUAGUGGUGUGGGGAUUACACACACACACACAAGCAAAAUGGUGUCGAAGUAUCUGGCAAUUUUGCUCUUCAUCCCGAUAAUCUACGCUAAAAUCCAAGUCAAUGUCGUCGCUUCUGAAAACGAGGCGGAGCGACUGGUGGACCUGGCUGGAAGCAACGUGGACAUCAUCACCGACAACGAGAGGUACACCUUCCAACUGACCGACAACAAUUUGAAGAACGCCGUCCAAUCAUACUUCGGACAGCGGCCUGACGACGCCUUCCUUAGGAGCCCGACACCCUGGGGCGAUCUCUACCAGGUAUACGGCUGGCCGCAAGUCGCCAGGUCCCUGUCUCCUCAGAGAGCAAGUAUUCUCCAGGUCAGCUCGAAACCAAGUAUCAUAUUAACACAACACUUCAGAAACAACAGCACCCAACCAGCAACGUUUAAAGCCCAAAUCCAACAGCAAGUGCAAAACACUGUCACUUCCACGUGGGAGAAGGGUGGUGAAUUAACCGUUGGCCAGGAAAUCGAAUAUGGCUUCGACAUCAAAGUGGUGUCUGUCGGUGGCAAGACCAGCUUCUCUUACACAUCCAGAUGGGGAGAAAGUGUGUCCAAAUCGGAAACUGUGACCGUGGGCUCCGAAUCAGGAGUUGAAAUCACCUUGGAGCCUGGCCAGGCUAUUAUAGCUGAACUCUUAGCGACCCGGGGCACCAUGGAGAUCCAGGUGGAUUAUGAGGCUACUCUGUCCGGUGCUACUGCAGUUAACUACGCGAACACCUUCAAGGGUCAUCACUUCUGGGCGCUGGACAUCAACGCUGUGAUGACGUCUGGAGACUUGAACCCCACCGCUCACUCCCGGGAAGUUAUCAAGCUAGGUUACUACUCCAGCUCUCACGUUGUGAUCAGAGAUGCUGAGAACAACAAUGUACUGUACUCUUUACCUAUGAAUAUUUUCUAAAUAUUGUGUAAGUAUAUAAUUAUUGUGAAUAAAUAGCUAUUUUCAUAUUUA